UUCUGCCUGCGUGGGCUCUGUCGCUGAGGCGUCCGGAGUUCAGCCACUGUGUGUGCGUGUGUGUGUGUGUGUGGCUGUGUGAGUGUGUGUGUAUGCGUGUGUGAGUGAGUGUGAGCCCCUGCCGACGCCGUGCGGAGAAAGGAGAAGGGGAACAGAGGAGAGCUGGUGGAGAGGAGGAAAAAGAGAGGGGGAGUGUUGACUCUCACUGGGGCUUAGAGGAACCUCACGCCACUGGAUCAGAGGACGCCGAUGUGCAACAACUACUCCAACUACUGCCGCUGCUGCUCUGCCUGCGUGCCGCUGCCUGCCUGUCCUCUCAACUUCUGCCAUGGCAUAGCCACCUCUUCCAGCUCGCCUCUAAUCCACUAAGGAAACGGGCAUGCACGGGCACAACCAGGGAUCUAGGCUAACGCAUCCUUUACGUCAGUAAUUCACAGUCUGAGGAAACAUGGUGAGCAAGGAGGGUGGCAAAUGCAUGCUCACCAACUCAGAGUCUGACUCGGAGGCAGCGCCCUUGCCCUCCACCUCGCUGGCGCUGGAGGUGAAGUAUUCCCUGGAAGCCAGUCGACAGGUGAGGAAGAGAAACAAGGCCCUGCAAGUGCGUUUCAAGGAUAUCUGCGAGGCACAGAACGAGCAGAGGGAGGCGGAGUUGCAGGCAGCGGGGAAAGGCGGCAAGCCGAAUUCAUACAAAGUGGCGUACCGCAAGUACAUGACUGUCCCUGCCCGCAGAUCCAUCCCAAACGUCACAAGGAGCACAGGCGUGCAGACGUCCCCUGACCUGAAGAAACGCUAUCAGACCUUUCCCUUUGAGCGCAAGAAAGGUCACACCUUUAAACACGUGGCGGCCGUGGAAACUUAUAAAGGUCAGAAUAACGGUUUUGUCAUGGAGGUGAAGCAGUCCAAGGCUGCUGAGCAGGGUUUAGAUGAGGAGGAGGAGGAGGGAGCCUGCGGGGGGAGUGGAGUCCGGAGGACCAGGGCUCUGCUCCAUACUAAUGAGUGCAUUGCCACAGUGGAGCAGCACACUGCACCUGAUGGCCUGUGCUCUGACGCUCUGCUGCUCAGUUGCUCUGCAGACACAGACUGCCUUGCAGACACACAGAGAGGAAGCGGAGCCGGAGCACAGGCAGAGUACCAGCUCUGCAGUGUCCCAUCCAAAGCCAGGACAGGAUUACAACACAGGGAGGCCGAUACAGACCGCUCGGCCAAGAGGCAGCUGCUCAAUCUGGAGGAGGGCUCGUCCCGAACCCUGCCGGACAGGGCCUCCAAGGUUACGGGCCCCAUCGCCUGGAACUCCCUUACACAGGUGGAGUGCCUGGACAGUCCGUCUGUGCGGAGCAAGCGGAAGAAAGCCCUGCAGCUCAACGGGCUGCAGAGUGAGACGCUACCACGUUCCAGCGGAGGCUGUACAACACAGGCACAGUGCCACACGGGACAGUUGUCUGCCCGGCCUCUACGGGGCAUGGAGGAGCCUCUGACACCCUGCAGAGGUGGCGAGGCUGGUGGGGCACCGCCCGACCAAACACAGGAGGCCUGCAAGCAAAUAGUGCCUAUGAAUCAGGACGGGGAUGUUAAAGCACAGCUCCAGGCCAUGGAAAAUCUCAUCAGCUCCAGCCAAGAGACCAUCAAGGUGCUGCUGGGGGUCAUCCAGGAACUGGAGAAGGGGGAGGCCCACAGAGAAGGGAGGAAGACAACAAGGAUGUGGGAUGGAAAAACUUCAGUCGAAGUUUUUAGGUUAAAGAAACUCUCCUAUCGAACCGGACAGGACACGGCCAACUGCGACACAUGCCGGAACAGCGCAUGCAUUAUUUACAGUGUGGAGCUGGACUUCAAGCAGCAGGAGGACAAGCUGCAGCCGCUGAUGAAGAGGCUUUGCCCUACGGAGGAAGGCCACUUCCCCUCCCUGCCUUACCCCCAGGAGGCCUUCACCUCCACCCCUAAACGCAAGUCCAAAGCUGACUCCAAGAAGCACGCUCGCUGGAAACUUUGGUUCCUCUGAAACACACAAGACUGUCUCCUCACCCGCACUACGGAUGCACAGGAUUUAUGCGUCCGUCUGGUCGUCCAUAUUUGUUUGGGUUAUCCAUCGUCUUCAGUUUUAUCACAUCUCCCUUGGCUUUUUGUAGACCUGGUGACCAGUAUUGACGGAGAGCUCCCCCACUGGAUACUGAGCCUUUCUCAGAGAUGACAGGAUGUGUAACGGGACACAAGUGUGGAUUCCACGGAAAAUUCUGUAAUGUCAUGCUUACCAAAAAUGGAUUCAGAGUUAUUUUGAACUAAUUUCUUCAAACAGGGUGUGAAAUUACACCAGGGCGACAUAUUUCGAGAUCAGCAAGGUGAGAAGACGAAAUUUGAUUUCCCUCUGUCUAUUUGCAUAUAUUUUUCUAGCUGACGUCUACGGGGUCCUGUUCUGUGAUAAUGGUUCAGUGACGGUCGCAUUUCUAUUCACCAGUUGGGACUUUUCUUCCCAGCCUCCAGGAGAGGUUGGCAACUCAACCAUGAUGUGCUGAGGUCUACAUCAACAGCAUAUCACCGUACUGCAAAGCACAAUUAACACUGUUCAGGAUACAUUUUUCUCCAGAGUAAUUAAAAAGAACUAUUUUGAGUAUUAACUCACACAUGUAGAUCACCUACUAACAAUGACAGAUUGAAGACUUUCAUAAUAUCUAAAGAAGAGACCUAAAGGACAAAGAAGUCAGAGAUGUUUAAUGGAGUUAUAUGAUCAACUUUCUAUCCAUCUCUAAAAUGUCUCCUUGAAUCAACUGACUUUGAAGUAAAGAAUGAAUAAAUAACA